AUGUUUGGGAAGGAUGAGAAGCAUGGCGGUAUGAAUACAGCAUCAAAAUAUGCCGAGGACGAUACUAGAGUAAGCUUUUGUGAGAGUAUAGAUGAUCAGUGCAGAAAGGGAAGACGCCCAGGUGUAUCUUAUGCAGACCUUAUAACAGAAGCAAUUGAAAGCAGUGUGGAAGGAAUGCUGACACUCAAAGAAAUAUAUUCUUAUAUUGCAUUGAAGCAUCCGUACUUUUCUCUCAAGAAAACCGGUUGGCAGAACUCAAUCAGGCACAAUCUGAGCCUCAACAAGUCGUUCUACAAAGUCCCAAGGACUUCUGUGAACCCAGGCAAAGGCUCAUUCUGGAAAAUCAACUACGAGUUCCAAAGCAGUAAGGGCACACAGAGAAACUGUAAGCCCAGGAAUAAAUAUCCAUUCAAUGCUCAUCGCACCACAGGCCUAGGAAAAGGCAUCAAUUCAAUUUCCGAACUCCUUGGAUCCCAGCAGGGGUUCUUUGACAACAUUGGAGUUACUGAAGUUCCGUUUGAGAGGCACACAACGAUAUUCGACGGGAACCUGACAAGUCUUGGGGAUUGCCUUGACCAAGCAUACCAAAAGGAGUAUUGUCUGGAUCUUAUUGAAGACUCCUCGUGCUCAAAUUAUAUCUUCUCAUUCAAGUAA